AUGAGCGCGUCGCUGAAUUGGCACAAAUGGCUAGUGUUGUCGCUGCUCGGAUUGGCUUUGUCCGCCCGGCCAAUUGGCUGCGAUUACAGUUCCAUCACCGAGAAAUUUGGAGCGGAAGCCGUUGCUCGUUGCAAUGAAAAAUGCCCAUUCCAGAAUCGAACGGGUGACGGUCAUUUUGACGUGAAUUGUGCAUCCGAGUGCAGUGUGGAACAGUGUGCAAUUGGAUGCAGCCUUUGGAAAGAAGGGUUGGAAAAUUCCUGUCAGGCUGUUUGCAAUGUCACAUCGGAAUCAACUUUUUCCCGAGAGCUUUACUGCGUUAUGGGAUGCAAUGAAGCUCUUAACACGUACUUUCAAAUGUUGAGAGAGUUGAUCGGCAUCCCACCUGCGCCGGCUCUGGUAGCAGACAGCCUCACUGCCUCCUCUCUCUCGUUAGUGUGGGAGGCACCCACGCUGGGCAAUCUUAGCUACCUAGUGCAAUGGCGAUAUGUGGAGCUCCCGGGCACCUGGCAAUACUAUUCCAACACGAGCCACUCUGAUCGAUCCAUAAUACACGUUGAAAACCUGCGCCCCUACACCAAAUACAGGUUUCGUGUGGCAAUAUUCUUGUCUGGGCGCGGUGGUCCUGGGGAGCCGGUGUACUCUGCACCGUCAGUGGUGAUAUCAACUCAAGAAAGUGGUAAACCGAGCUCAGCUCCAUCUUCUUUACGCGCGGCUGCUCCCGACCCAGGCAGGGUGGCUAUAUCCUGGGAACCGGGGUCAUUUCCCAACGGACCUCUCAUAUCCUAUGUGCUGAGGCUGACUGAUACCCAUACUAAAACAAUCGACGCUUUAGAGGACAUGCCGGCAUCAAACAACACAUUGUUUUACAUGUUCCAAAAUUUAGCACCUGCCCGAGAAUACGAAGUUUCCGUGACAAUGCGCAACGCAGUGGGAGAAGGCCCUCGAGCCAUUGUUAGAAUAUCAACUCCACCUCUACCAUCACCUGCUCCCAGUCAACAACCUAUCCUAAUUCUGCAAGGCGAACAGAAUAUUUUUGCAGCACUGGCCAAUGAUAUGCUUUCUGAACCUGUAGAGUUGUAUAGUAGCGAACAUACUAUAACUGGUGUUGGUCUAGAUGUGUCAAGUGACUCUCUAUUCGUGUCAGUUUCUAAUGGUUUCGUAUUUAGAAGUUCCCUAUCAAAGAAGAGUAAGUCGGAAGCGAUCUUUGUCCCAGGAAUUAUUCCAUGUCAACCUCUAGACUUAUCAGUGGACUGGUUAAAUAGUCACUUGUAUAUUCUCGGUGAGAUUACUUACGUGGUGGAAAGUUCAAAUCCAGCUACAGAGAUAGUAUCUAAAUGGGAGAUAAUACGAUGUGAUUUUGAUGGAAAAAAUAUAAUUGUAGCAUAUUCAGGUUUUAACGUCCGCCCUAUACAUUUUGAAGUGGACGCAUAUAACGGAUAUUUGUUUUGGGCUCUACGAGGUGGCGACCGGGGAGGAUUGUACAGACUUGAUUUAGCAAAUAUUUCAAAUGGAGUUCGCCACGAAUCACCUCCUGAACUCAUCGUAAGAGAUGCUUACUUGGGUGCUUUUACUGUAGACCAUGCGGAUUUUAGGCUACUAGUUGCACAUCUCAAACGAAAUACUGUUCUAGCAGUAUCUUUAGACGGGCGUGAAGUUACCGACUUUCGCAGUAACACUCAAACUCCCAUGUUCAUGUCUACUCGUUCGAUCGCAUAUGCAGGCGGCCUUUUUUAUUGGACGAACGGUCGCGAAAUGUUGACAGAAGAAUAUCAUGCACAAAGCGAUAGCUACUUUCAUAAUGAAUAUCCUUUAGCGUAUAAUACUAAAAUAAUUGCGACGAAGCAAGUCCUUGUCGCACUGAGGAGUUGUCAGCCAAUUCCGGUACCUGUAAAUCCACCAAUAGCAGUACAGAGUGUGAUGGGAAUAAAUCGAGCGAAGGUCACGUGGUCGCCGCCCCAUCUUCUUGGGCAUCAGGGUAGCGGCGCGUGGCAACAAUGGACAUUUCACCUGCAGUUAAUACAUGCAACUUCUGCAGAAAUUAUUAACAUCAAAAAUAUUACCGAGUCUACUUAUGUCGUUGAGCAUCUCGAACAGGAUACGCUAUAUACUAUCAAAGUAGCGGCAGUGACUUCAUCUGGCUCUGGUCCUUGGUCAACGGAGUUCAUUGGUAAAACAUUAGCAUCAUCGCCUACAAAUCUGCAUAGCACUUUGCUAUGGUCAGGACCUGAUGGACUCCUGCAAACUGAUCUCACUGGUGAUAAUUUACAAACGUUGAUACACAGAGCGCACCUGAAAAACUUUCACAUAACGGAUAUAUCAUGGUAUCGUGAUAAACUUUAUUUAGUAACAAAUCAAUCUACAGUUAUGUGGUACAACACGACGUCGAAUAUAAUUGGGAUGAUGCCUAAUAUGGAUAAUGUUGGCAGUUUAGCUGUAGACUGGGUUGGCAAAAAGAUAUAUUGGUCCAACCCUAAGCAACAAUUGAUUACUCGAGGAAAUUUCGAUGGUAGUAAUCGGGAACCAGUACCAAUUGUUACUGUUGCAAAAGAACUAACGAUCGAUUCACUUGAAGCUUACAUAUACUGGAACACUGGGCAUGCCGUCGAAGCUGCUAAAUUGAAUGGCGAGAAUAAAAUGGUAUAUUACCCAGCACAGCUGUUUAGUGGAAAACAAGUGAUGGGUCUUACAGCUGAUCUAGAAAAGAAAUGGGUUUACUGGCUAGUGAGAAGCUAUGAUGGAUCUGAAUUACAUAGAGCACCAACUGCUGAUCAAAUAGUAUAUGGAGCUAACGAGAUAACUGGAUCCUUGGUUACUCGUUUGGCUGGUACUGCAACAUUAGGUCCACUGUGUUAUUUUAGCGGUCGAUUGGUUUGGGUUCAAGAUGCUUCGCGGGCUGUGGUAUCAGACUUAGCCGGACGCUAUACCGCGGAGCUAAUACCCCGAGUUCACAUCAUCGCCGUCCGAGAUCCUACAUUGCAUGCCAAUAGUGAGACUUUGAUUGCAAUCCCGGAAACGAUCGACGCGUCAUCUAUCGCUGUUGUAGGCGAUUGGGACAGUUUCAACGUGACGUGGGCUCCCGCCACACGCAUCAAUAUUAAUAACAGCCGCGUCUACUACGACGUCAGCCUCAACUUUCCGGGGCAGACCAAAAUUGAGCGCACUGUAGAGGAGCCGUGGGUGACAGUGCAAGCGGGAGUAUCGCCAUACAGCACGCUGCAAGUAUCAGUGCGGGCGCACACGGCGUGGGGUGGCGGUGCCCCGGCUAGGGCCACCGCGCGCUCGCCGCAAGCUCCACCCGCGCCACCGAGGAAGCCACGCGUCUACGUUCAGCCUCACACCAGCGGCGGCUCACUGUCGGCAAUAUUCCGAUGGGACUCUCCGUCUCGAGCCAAUGGCAUCAUUCGAGGAUACGAAGCUCAGUGCUGGGUGCGGUCGUCUGUGGCUGGCUCGCUUAAACCCACCGCGAAGCCCUCCGCGUGUGCAGACGCUCGUCUCUCCCCCACUCAUACGCAACUGAUGCUCAGGGAUUUAGCACCUACGUCCAUUUAUUACUUCAGGGUUCGGGCUUACACUGAUGCUGGCUUUAGUUUAUACUCCGAAGAAGUAUCAUCUUCGUCAGAUGAAAUUAACCCAAUCCCGAAAGUAAUAGUGUCAUCCCAAGAAUCCAUCAGAGUCGUGGAUUUAGAUUCUGAAGAGAGCGAAACGAUACCGAAGAGUAUGGGUAUACCUAUUGAUUUUGCCGUCUCGAUCGAAGAGAACAUCGUUUACUGGGUUAACCAUUUGGAAGAAAUCUUUUCUUCCAGGAUCAACGGUAGUGGGCAUUACAAACUUACAUCUAUCAAUGGUUCUGCUACAAGUAUAACUUUAGAUUGGGUAGGCCGUUCUGUCUACUGGACACAGUUAGAAAUGACCUCUUCAGAAUCUUACGUUACAUAUCGUGCUGAUUUAGGGAUGAGUAAUAAAAGACCGCAUAUAAAUCGUGUGUUCGCAAGAAGGCAACCAAUAUACAGUCUCCAAAUAGAACCAUUGCAAAGGUCAUUAUUUUGGUAUGAAGAAAGCAGUCAUCCAGGCUUGGGAACACUCAUGACAUCUAAUAUAAAUGGUUCCGAUAUAAGGACUUUCUUUAAUAAAACUAAUAAUCCUUCGGAAAAAAACUGUAACUGUCCUGAAAAUCCUCAAGUUGCUAAAUCUUUUGUUAUCGAUGUGUCAUCUUCAAAUCAAGAACUUUAUUGGAUCGAUCCUUGGGUACAUCAAAUAUUAGCAGCAGAUAUGAAUGGAUGUAAAUGCAGAGUGGCUGUCGACGCCACCGAAAAGAAAAAGUAUGGUUUUAUGCCGAUGUCGAUAACCGUUGACAGCAAAUAUGUAUAUUGGUUCAAUUCUACAGAAAAAGAAAUAUUCUAUGCUGUUAAAAGUAAGAAACAAAAAAUAGAACACGCCAAAACAUCUCACGGAUAUAAAAUAAUGGCUAUUGAUCCAGCAAAUCAACCGUAUCCCCCUCGGAAUUGCCUAUAUCCUAAAUCUCAGCACUUAGAGCCAAAAGUGUUGUCAAAUUCUGCCUACAGUUUGACUCUACAAAUGCCUUUAAUGCAAAAACCCCAAAAUUGUCGCCAUUUAGAGUAUGAAAUGACAGCUACAGAAUAUACACUAUACUAUCGUGCACAGUCUGAAAACAAUCAGACUGCUGAAUGCAAUAAGGACACUUGUUCGUAUAUUACUACCACAAGAUCGGAAGUAAUUCUCGAUGAAUUGAAACCAUUCACAAAGUACACUGUGAUGAUAUCAGCGACCAACUUUUACGCAAAGCUUCACGAAAUUAAGCCAGUAGUUGGUGUACCAGUAUCAUUACAAACAGCUGCUGAAGCGCCCACUGCUCCGAAGAAUGUAACGGUAAUAGCGCUUAGUCCUGUACAAGCACGAGUAGAAUGGAUUCCUGAUCCUGGACUUAAAUAUGAAGUACAUUGGCGAACAAAUGACUCCACAUCUUCUCCGCAUAGAUAUAAAGAGCAUAGCACGUUGGUAGUAUCGUCCGGGGGUAGCGUGGUGGUAUCGCGGCUGUCGGCGGGCACGGUAUACGCGGUAUGGGUGCGCGCGCGGUCAGUGCACAGCACCCAGCCAGCGGACAGCGCGCCGCUGCGGCUGGCCACCUACCCCGCACCCGCGCCGAUGCAGCUGCGCCACCGCGCCGCAUACCGCCUGCGGCUAGCUUGGCCGCCGCCCCUCACGUACACCUUGUACAGACACAAAGUGGAGUACACUGAGGCCAGCAUGACGAAUGGCACUUGGCGGGAGUGUGCCAACCGCGGCGACGACGAGUGGACCGCAAACGGCCUGCGCCCGCACAAGGGGUACCGCUUCCGGCUGCACCUUCAGUAUGUGAAGGACGCGCCACCCUACUACUGGCCUGAGGACGACAGAUUCGUUUACGAAACAUUAGGUGACGUGCCAUCCGCACCCGACCCCCUUCUCGUUGAAGCGGUAGAGGAGCGCGUUUUACGCUUGUUUUGGUCGGAACCAGAUAAUCGAGGAUCAACCAUCAGCAUGUAUCGCGUCUGGGGUCGCCCAUUACACAGGCAAGUCAAUUACAUGAACAACUCUAAUAAUAUUAGUGAAUUGCUAUCUACGCUGCCAUCUGAUAUGCCCAACGAUAUGAAGCGACAGAUUCUGAGUGACGGUUUAGAACUACUUCAUAAUGGAACAGACACGUACUGGUUGAUCGGAGCGGGCCAAGUGUCGGAGGGGUACGUGGCCCGCGUGCAGGCGCGCAACAGCUACGGCUGGGGACAGCUCUCGGGAGCGGCGGAGUUGCGAGCCGCGAGGGCGCAAGCGACGCGCCCGCACCACGCCGCGCUGGCUGUCGCUGGCGCAGCGCUCGCCGUGCUGCUGCUAGCCGGCGCCGCUCUCGUGCUAUGCGCAUAUAAUAACCGAACGAAGAAAAAAGCUGCUAAAGAUAACCAAAUCCAAACCGCUGUGAUACGUAGAGGCUCCGACAUGGAAUUGGCUACCCUGAGGCAACUCCCGAUCAGACAUUCCACUAACAUACUUUAUAAUCAGGGCGUACACUGUCCCACUGAUGCGGAACUGGCGAGUUUACCUCACAUCCGUCGAGAGCAGAUCACGCUCACCAACUUCCUUGGCUCCGGUGCCUUCGGUGAGGUGUUUGAGGGCGUCGCGCGGUAUAUAAACGGUACCAGUGGCAGCACCAAAGUUGCAGUCAAGACAUUACGCAAAGGAGCGACGGAGCAAGAGAAGACUGAAUUCUUAAAAGAAGCCGCAUUGAUGUCCAACUUCAAGCACGAACACAUUCUGCGACUGUUAGGCGUAUGCCUGGACAAUGACCCAAACUACAUUAUCAUGGAGCUCAUGGAGGGUGGAGACUUACUCAGCUACCUCAGGAAGAAGAGAGUUUCACUGUACACACCCGAGUCGUUGACUCUCCUCGACCUGUUGAAUAUGUGCGUGGACGUAACGAAAGGCUGUCGUUACCUGGAAGAGAUGCACUUCGUCCACCGAGAUCUUGCUUGUCGCAACUGCCUGGUAGCUCACCGUUCCAACGGCCGCGUCGUCAAGAUCGGCGACUUUGGACUGGCCAGAGACAUUUAUAAGAAUGACUAUUACAGAAAGGAGGGUGAAGGUUUACUGCCAGUGCGGUGGAUGGCGGUAGAGUGCCUGAUAGACGGAGUGUUCUCUUGCCAAUCUGAUGUAUGGGCUUGGGGUGUACUGUGUUGGGAGGUGCUGUCGCUUGGCCAGCAACCGUACCCGGCGCGCACCAACCGCCAGGUGUUGAGCUACGUGCGCGACGGCGGCACGCCCGACUGCCCACCCAACUGCCCCUCCGCCUUCUACGAGCUGCUGCAGCGGUGCUGGAGCUACUCGGCGGAGGCGCGGCCGUCGUUCCGCGAGUGCCUGGAGGUGGUGACGUCACUGCGGGACCGCACCUCGCCCAACAUCCGCCUCACCGCCACGCCCGGCCACGCGCCCUACCUCACGCUGCUAGCCGACGAUGACGACUUACCGGAGCAUCAAAUGGAGCCUUCAAGGUUGCUGCCGGGCAGUACGCUAAAGUAUCUAGACUUGAUGCACGACAGCGACUCUGGAUCGGGCAUAGUAUGCGACGGCUACGAAAUCCCAAGGAGUCCAAUAACUUGCGCGCCUUUCUCUAGGCACAGUAUAGUAGGCGUCGCACCCAAUAGACUGAUUAAACCCCCGCUAUAUAGAACACAUUCGCUUCGUACCAACACGCGACCACCAAAUGCGACCAUACGUAGCUUACGAAAUGGAAUCGUGAAGCGAGCUUCUUUCUGCGACGGCAGUCAGAUUGGCGCGCUAACUCGCGACUCGCGACCCUGCUCGUCACGAGAAAUAGCACGACUCGACCCCAACUUCGAUAAACACAUUUUCAAGACUACAUUUUGA